ACGAAUGGUAACUGUUUGUCAUUACAAUAAUGGCGUUUUAUUGAAAUUUGAAUGAAAGUUAUUUCAUCAUAAGUUCACAUUACGUAUAGAGAAUAGUAGUUUCUUACAUAAAAUAAUGUUAUUCGUCGAAGAUGGAUUAUUAAUUUGUUGAAAAAAAAACCACAAGCGGCCAAAAGUUUUCAUAAUUAUAAAUAAACUCAGGAUUUGAUGUUCACUGUCACCAAAUAAACAUUUUUUUCUUCGAAGAUAAGCUCCCGAGUACGCGGAAUUCUUUAAGAUCGUUAUGGUUUAAGUUUUCAAUUAUAAUUACAAUAUGAUCAACACAGGAGACUUUAAUGUAACAAACCGUGGUAAUGUGUUGUUACCACGUGGAUUGGUGCCAUUGGAUAAAUGCAAACUUGUACACACUACGAUUAUACCUCAGAGCACCGGUGAGAGGUUUUCUUCCCCAUAUGCAAUACAAACUUCCCUAAAUGCCUAUACCAAUGAUAACAAAUUGCCAGCCGAUAUAAAAAGUGUGAAGACUAACGACAUUCACUUGGUGGGACCACAGGUCCAUGUCCAGUGUAUUCAAAGUCAUCCCACUUUGCAAAACAAAAAAUGGAGUUCAACUGGCUGCAGUUUUAAUAAUGAAAGAGUUCGAAAUGUAAAUAGAAUAGAAAGUGCCUUUAUAUUAAGCAAAACCGCCAGUGGCAAUAAUAUUAAUAACACUACCUACCCAAAUACAUUGAACAACGUAGAAUGUGAUAAGAGUUUAAACAUCGGUAAUCCUAUGAAAUCAAUUCAAGAAGCUAUUGCUCAUAGAGAGUUAAGUGAUAGGCAUAUGACGUCCGUUUCCAGUAUUGAUUACCAAGAAAAUGCCUUUCACCACAUCGAAGAUGUGCACAAUUAUGCUAAGAUGGAUCGCUAUAGUUAUUCGAAUGAGAGUAGCAACAGUAGUAUGCAUGAAGACGAUAAUGAAGAUGAGGAUGCUGACUUAGAUGAAGACGAUGAUGCGGCUACAAACUACGAGCGAUAUGUAAAUAAAAGCAAGUACUUUGCUGCAAAAAAUGGGAAGUGCGAGAAAGCAAAUACGCUUAUAGUAAGAAUGGAAACGGAGGAGACUGAUUUACAUGUUGAUGUUGAGACUGUGCACCAAGUGCAGAAGGAAACUGAAGUGGCAGUGCCUAGCACACCGGAUCAUCAUGCGCGCAGACCGAUGAAUGCCUUUUUAAUAUUUUGCAAACGUCACAGAGCAAUAGUUAAAGAACGCUACAAAACUUUGGAAAACAGGGCAAUCACAAAAAUACUGGGUGAUUGGUGGGCUUCCUUGGAUGCCACUGAUAAGAAAUGUUUCACGAAUUUGGCGCAACAGAAUAAAGAUGCUUUUUUUAACGCCAAUCCAAAUUUCAAGUGGUACAAGCUUCCUGCACCUCCCCUUCGAACUCUAAGCACUCGACCAGGCAAUGUUGGUCGUAAAUCGGAACAGGAUUAUGAUUUUAAAUUGAAUAUGAUGGCAGUACAAAGUGGCGUUUCUCUGUUACCAAAGUUCCCAAAGAACAGCAAUCACAAUUUGUUUAAACUAGCUGAUGAAGCACACAUGGGUGAGCUAAGUCAUUUGUUUAACACCGAAAGUAACAUCAAUAUGUGCAAUGCAAACCAGAAUACAUUGCAGCAGGUGUUGGGGGAAACAUCGCAGUUUAUAAACGCAUAUAUGUUACCCAUCAACGGCACCGAUGGUGACCAAGAAAGCAAAAAGCGUCUGUUAAGUGAAAACAGUUUUUCAAGUAAUGGAAGUGAAGAUGAUACUUUGCCUAAAAAAUCGUCAAGGAGUUGUAAAGGAAAAAUCUAUCAAGAACUUAUCAAUUCGGGGAAAAUAUCGGCAGUCUCUAAGAAAAUAAAGGGGUCAAAAUCACAGCACCAUCUCAAUGGCUUUUCGCAGCAAUAUAUUAGUACUAAUCAUAGUUCUACUCAAGCUUCCCUAGAUGGCUCCAAGAAUCCUACAACCACAUGGGCAAACAUGCCGAUAUAUAAAAGUAAAUCUAAAAUAAGUGAAUCUUCUUACGUUGACAGUUCACAAUCCAAUUGUGAUGUUUCAAAUUUUGAUUUGGAGGAAAAAAUUAAGGAACUGCCAGCCCUAAGCUUAGAUCUUUAUUUGCAGCGAAAGCGAAACACUAAGAAGAAAAAGAAGUUUACGUCCAAAAAACGUCAUUCGAAUAAUAUAUUAAGCAGCAGAAAGUCAGGGGCAAACAACGUAAUGACCGCAUCACCUCUAUCAGCUACGGAUAAGAAUCGAGAUGUGUCACCACAGCAGGCUGUCGGCAGCCAAAAACGAAAAGCGCGAAAAGAGAGCAUCACUAGACGUGAUAUUACAGCCAUUGAAAAUGAAAUUGCUUCUGUAAUUUCACUAGCUAACGGUUUCAACACAGUACAUGGCUGUUAUUACCUCAAUGAAUCACUAAAUGCGCCGGUACCUAAAACCAUGGUAUUAGGCGAACCAACGAUAUCCACAGUUGGAAUGGAAGCGGACAAUCAACAUAGUCAUCAAUUUGGCAAUUUGUACAAUGAUAAUUCGUCUACCUCUGACUUAUUCAUUCUGGCCGAGGUUGCUGCCAAUCGCACCGAAUUAACAAAUUGAAACGUGAUCAUAUAAAAUUUUACUAUUUACUAAAAACCAUAUAAGCACCAAAAAUUGAUUAUAUCUUAAAAAUGCAAUUUGUUGCAUUUAUUCACAUAUGCUUAGUUAAUAGAUUUAAUCAAAAAUUGUUAUUGUUUUCAAAAGUUAUAUUUAAACAACUAGUUUAGUAUCGGAAAUAAAAUCUUAUUAUAUUUU